GCAGCUCGUCUUGAGACUUUAAUCUUCGUGUAAUUAUGUCAGUGUACUUGUAUGUGAAUUAAAUAUAUAAUAUAAAUAGGUUAUAUACGACGCAUAACCCGAGGGGACACUUCUAAACAGCUCCAGUCAUUUGUCUUAACCUUGGUUGCACUACGCUCCGCUGCCUUCACUGCGCACGUGCCCCUAACAGGAAGAAGCCAGAAGCAACAGAUGAGACUUCACCCUGCAACAGACACAUCGCCUCUUCGGUUUGGGGACAGUGUGUUUGCAAUCGGUCGAGGAAUAUAUCCGUACAAAAUCUACUUCUUUGGAAUUUGACAGAUACAUUUUGUACUCAUUCUAGUUUUAAUUCUCUUCACCCGAAGUUUUGGAGUCAUGGUCACUCUUGCUGCCAGUGUGAGGCCAUGAUCGAGUCCCGCCUGGUGCAGAACGCGUCACUGUUGGGUUCUGAUGGCGGAGAAUCUCCCCGCCGGGCUGCUGGAAGCUUGCGUGGUCAUCGGAGCCGCCAGCGAUAAGCUCAAAGAAGCGCACCAGUCCUGGCUGCAGGGCCGGGAGCUCCCCGCAGUCGAUGCAGAAGUCCUGCAGGUGCACGCCCCCCCCUUUGUGGCGAAGGAGGCUGCGGGGGAGGGCCCGGGGCCCAACGCUUUCAGCAGGGUCCAGCGGCGCCGCUCCUUCAUCAAGAAGAAGAGGGAGAGACCCGAGGGAGCUGCGCGCGAUGCAGACGCCGUCCGAAAUGGCGAGGGCACCUCGGAGGACAUCAGCGUCCCCAAGGACAUUGACCUCGUGGCCCUGCCCCAGCUCUGCUUCCCUGGAGGGCUUCAGUUAUCAAGCGACUCAAGAGAAGACUGCUUCCACUUCCUGGUUUUCACUGACGUUUUUGGCAACCAGACACAUGGGGUGGUGGUUCAGUAUUACAGGCCUGUACAGGACAGUGUCCUGCACCAGAAUGGACACUGGUCUACCUCGAAGACACCACGACUGUACAGCCCUUUCGCGAUCUGUGUCAUAUCCAAGUACCCGUACUACAACGCCCUCCGGGACUGCCUCUCAUGCCUGCUGGUGCAGCUGAGGACGUGUCGCAUGGCGGACUUCGAGGAGCGGGUGAAGGAGUUUGCCGCCAGGCUGGCGUUGGUGCCCAUACCGCCUCCUGGACAGCUUCACGUGACGUUUAGCCUCCGGCCGCUGCAGAUCGUGCUGCCCUCCAGAGAAGACCGAGAUAACCCAGCCGUGGACCUGGAUCUCCACCUGCCCUUUCUGUGCUUCAAACCCAGGCAGCUUUUGCAGAUCGUGACCUGCAUCAUGAUGGAGCAGCGGGUGGUGUUCUUCUCCUCGGACUGGGCGCUGCUCACGCUCACUGCAGAGUGCUUCAUGCUGUACAUCCGCCCUCUGCUCUGGCAGCACCCCUACGUCCCCAUCCUCUCCCGCCAGAUGCUGGACUUCCUCAUGGCCCCAACCGCCUUCCUCAUGGGCUGCCACCUGCGCCACUUUGAGGAGGUUGCCACGGAAAUGGAUGACCUGGUUUUGAUCAACAUCGACGACGGGACGGUGUCAUCCUCUGGUUCUGAGAGCGUCACCAUCCCAGACAUCCCGCUGGUCGCUAAGGAGUGUUUCAUGAAAAGGAGGACGGGGCUUCAGGUCCACUAUGACCUGGAAGUCUGUGGCCUGGGGACCAGCACAGACAUUAACGAGCUACGGUCACAGAGGAGGCUGUGGCAAGAGCAGCUCAACAGGGAAAUACAGGCCAUCACUCUGGAGCUGAUAGUCAACAUCUUCAGGGAAGUGCACGAUCAUCUCAAUUAUGAACACCGAGUGUUUAACAGUGAGGAAUUCCUGAGGUCCAGGGAGGCUGCGGACCAGCACUUUUAUAAAAAGGUUCUGGACACGCACAUAUUUCAUUCCUUCCUGAAGGACCGUCUGAACAGGAAGAUGGAUUCUUUCACAAGCAUGGAGCGGAGUACUCGCUCGGAAGCACAGAGGAUGAGGAUGCGCUCGCCCACCUGGGGCCGCAAGCACAGCGCUCCCGAGAACCGGCUGAGCAAGCGGCUGGGCAUGAGCCUGCCCAACCUGGGGCCGGAGCAGCCCCCCGGGCCCCUGCACAUGCAGGCCUCGCUGCGGAGCCUGUCCCUGGAGAGCGGGGUUCUGAAGAUUCCGAGGAGAACCGUUAAAACAUUCAAGCUCCCGGACUUUCCGCCGCCGCUGGCCUAUCAAUACGUUCAGAACUACUACGUGGAGCUGAUCGGCCUUCUGGGAAAAGCCAUCGCCUCGGUGCCCCCGGAGAACGGCGCCCUGCUGGCGCGGUACUACUACCUGCGCGGCUUCAUGAACACCAUGGGCGGCCGGCGCCUGGACGCCCUCAUCGACUUCCAGACCCUGUACAAGACGGACAUGGACAUCUUCCCCGGCGAGCUGGUGAGGUCGCUGAGCGAGUCGCUGUCGCGGAAGGAGCGGGCGCAGGCCGAGCGCCUCCCGGAGCUCAAGCGCCUCCUCAGCCAGGUGAUGAAGGAGCAGGACGGCGAGCGCCCCGCCCGCGACGACGCCGUCAAGAAGUUCCAGCUGCCCACCACGCACAUGCACCCGGAGGACUUCCUGAAGCGCGUCCAGGAGUCCGGUAUAGUCAGGGACGUCGGGACCAUCAACCGGCUUUUUGAGGCGUUGACUGUAGGUCAGCUGAAGCAGGUCGACCCGGAAAUGUUCCGACUGUUCUACACCUUUUGGAAGGAGACCGAGGCGGAGGCGCAGGACGUGCACCUGCCCGCCGCCGUCAUCGAGCACCUGGACACCCACGAGUGUGUCUAUAAGCUGUCCUCCUCCGUCAAGACCAGCCACGGCGUGGGGAAGAUCGCCAUGACGCAGAGGAGACUGUUCCUGCUUACCGAGGGGCGGCCGGGCUAUGUGGAGAUCACCAAAUUCAGAGACAUUGAGGAGGUGAAAAUUUCCUCGGCACCCUUCCUGCUGCUGAGGAUCCCCUCGCUGAAGAUCAAGAGCCGCCUGAGGAGGGAGAUGUUCGAGGCCAACCUCAAGUCUGAGUGUGACCUGUGGAACCUGAUGAUCAAGGAGAUGUGGGCCGGGAGGAAGAUGGCGGACGAUCACAAGGACCCACAGUACAUGCAGCAGGCCUUGACCAAUGUGCUUCUCAUGGACGCUGUGGUUGGGUGCCUGCAGUCACAGAAGGCCAUCUUCGCUGCCUCUAAGUUGGCAUACUUUGACAGGAUGAAGCUGGAAGUGCCUAUGAUGGUGCCGAAAACGACAUCUGAGACCCUGAAGCACAAGAUAAACCCGUCUGUGGAUCAGACCUCCCCACAGGGCGUUGACGUCCUGCUCUACACUCCUGGUCAGCUGAGCUCCGAUGCGGAGGGGGAUGGGAACCCCAAGCUGUGGUGCGCACUGAGCGAUGGGAAGGUGGUGGUGUUUGAUGCGGCCAGCUGGUCCAUGCAGCAGGGCUGCGUCCGGGUGGGCGUCUCCAGGCUGAACUGCAUGCUGGGAUUGGACCUGCACCAGGUGUGGAUCGGCUCCCAGGACUCGGUCAUUUACAUCAUCAACGCGCGCAGCAUGUCCUGCAACAAGCAGCUGACGGAGCACCGCAGUGAGGUGACUGCCUUCGCCCUGGAGGGGAGGACCGACAAAUACAGUCCAGUGCAGGCCUACUCCUGCAGUAUAGAUGGAACUGUAAUAAUCUGGGACACCUCCACGCUGCAAGUGAGGAAGCAGCUCAGGCUGACCUGCGACCGCCUGCAGUCCAUUCAGCUCUUCAGCGGAACACUGUGGUGCUGUGCUCGAGACAGCAUCAUGGAGGUGAGGAAGAACGGAACGGUGCUUCGGAGAGUGUCCCUUCCUGACGAACUCCAGAGCAAGCCCACUGCUUUCAGCAGCUUCACCUUCCUCACUGAGAGGGACCAGCUAUGGACCGGCUGUAUAGACAUGGCGGAGGUGUGCGUGUGGAACACCCGGGACCUGACCAAACCUUUCCAGAGGAUUCCGCUGCAGGACUGCAAGGGCGUCACCUGCAUGAUCAGGGUCAAGAACCAGAUCUGGGUGGGCUGCCGGGGGUGGAGCCACGGGAAGGCGAGGGGGAAGAUCUACGUGGUGGAGUCAGAGAGGCUGAGCGUGGAGAAGGAGCUGGUGGCGCACACAGACAGCGUGCAGGCCCUGUGCUCUGCCGAGGACCGCUACGUCCUCAGCGGCUCUGCCUGCGAAGACGGGAAAAUUGCCAUCUGGAAGGUGGAAUAGAGGAGGCCCUCAGUCCUCUGCUGCCCCCUGGUGUCCUGGAGCUCCGAGGACGUCUGGAGUUCAGAUUAUGCGAGGCGGGCAUGCCGUGAUUUCGGAAAUUCCAAAAACUAUUUCAGUGUCCCCCUGAUGAGACUCUUCCUGGGCCUUUAGCGUUAUGCUGGGGAGACAUGUUGCCAGUUGUCUGUGCACUACUGCACCCAUAUUAGAGACCAAGCUUCAUCUACAUAACUGGAGUCAAAUGGGCUCUUUGCUGCUAAUGGAGACUGGACACUGCUAUACAAACUACUUGAAUUGGAACAAUGAAGUACUACAAUCAGUAGAUCUUUCUUUCGAUCUCUCAUUCUCUCUUUCACACACGCACACAUACACUCACAUGCACAUGCACACACGCUUUACUUCCCUCCCUCUGAGUUAAUCUAGGGGAAAAAACUUUCUAUUUGCUUUCUUUAGUAUUAAACAUUUAUAUUUUAAGCCCCUAAGAAUUAUUGUCACAGAUCACAUAGUAGACUUUUAAGCCAUAACCUUUUACACAUAUGUAUCUUUUUUAUUAGAUGUAGUAUUUUUAUUUUUUGUGUACUUCGUGCUCACACAAAUAAAUGUAUUAAUUCUUGUAAACAUGAACAUCUCCGUGUCACCAACUUCCCCAGCAUUUCUGAGGAGCAGUUUUUGUAAGUAUAUGUUUAAAGGCAUACUAUGGAGGAUUUUUAGUCUUGCAGCGGUCCUGUUUACAAUCAAAGAAGUCUCCUUCAUCCCCACCCACUCACCUUCAUUUUUAUAGUUUACAUCUGUUUUUAUUUUUAUAUCUUUUUUUUGAUAGCAAGGAAAAGCAGUUCCAAGGCUGACUCUUUUUGAAUGAGCCUGGUCCGUUUGUUUUGCUUUGCUGUGCUUUGACCUCCACCAUUGCAGGAGCUAGUUAGCUACAAAUGCUGAAACUGAUCCCACCCCACAGGCCUGUAGCCACACCCACCUUUCCCCUCACAAACGAGAGCGUCACACCCAGAAACAUCCUGAACACAUCUCAGAAGAAAUACAGGCAGAGGAGCAUGGUUUCGGCAAAUGUGUGCUGACAGAGAUUGUUUGUGCCUCAUAAAUAUGACUGAGCAUGGUUAUUUUAUAACAUUUUCAAGGUAAGAAUCCUGCAUAGUAUGCCUUUAGCAUUUUGUUUGCUGACAGUGUCACAUUUUGCUUGGUCCAGGGCUGGCUCUAAAAUAAUCCUGAGGGAAACUUUUCUGUGGAGGCCACCUUUUCAGUUAUAUCCUACCCAGGCACAGGGGUGCUUAUGCCUACAGCUGGCUCUAACUUGGGCAGUUACUCACUUGAGCUCACACUGGGUGAUGCACUUCAAUGAAAUGUCAUCCAUAUGUACUGUAUUUGCUGUUGUAGGCACAGUUUUUUCUUCAAAAAUGCGCCAUAAAAUCUGUCACAUAAAACCAUGUUUAUAAACCAUAAA